AGGCAAAAGAGAAUCCGAGAGACCGAGACCGCCCGGCGCCCCCUCCCUCUCUGGGAGAGUAAAAAAUCCACUACAGCCGUCGCCAGUCGCCACGCACACCCACUUCACCACGCCUUCCUUCCUCCCCCUCUCUCUUCCCCCCGGCGCAGCGCAGGCUCGUACGAACACGCCGAGAGGUGCCGUACCGUACGGGGCGCUAGGGUUUACUCCGGGCGGCCCAGGAUCUCGCGCCCUCCCAAUGCAGUCGCCGCCGCCGCCGCCGCAACCGCCGCGUCGCUGAUCCCGUGGCCGCUCCCUCCUCCCCCGCCGCGGCGGCGCCGCCAUGGCGCGGCGUCACGGGUGGCAGCUCCCCGCCCACACCCUGCAGGUGGUUGCUAUAACAGUGUUCUUCCUGCUGUGUAUAGCAUUCUAUGCUUUCUUGUCUCCGUUUCUUGGGAAGAACUUGUAUCAGUAUAUUGCAAUCGGUGUUUAUAGUUUCCUGGCCUUAUCGGUACUGAUUCUAUACGCUAGAUGUACUGCUAUUGAUCCUGCUGACCCUGGCAUCCUGAUUACCGUCAAUGGUGCACUAAUCUAUAAAUCAGAAGCAAAUGUAGACACUCAAGCAGAAGCGGGCAAAUCAGAAUUGGGAGCCAAUGAGGAAAUCCGAAAGCAUAGAUCAUGUUUAGGAACUGGUUGUUUUUGUUGUGCUAUUUUUAAGAAAGAGGAUUGUCGCAAUGAAGAUGAAGCUUACCAGCAAGAAAAUUAUGGUGAGGAGGCACUCUUUUGCACCCUUUGCAACACAGAGGUGCGAAAAAAUAGUAAACAUUGUCGGAGCUGUGACAAGUGUGUUGAUGGUUUCGAUCAUCAUUGUCGGUGGCUGAACAAUUGUGUUGGAAGGAGAAAUUAUAUGACAUUUUUGUGCCUUAUGGCUGUGAGUCUUGCUUGGCUUGCGGUUGAGUGCGGAGUUGGUAUAGCUGUGUUUGUCCGUUGCUUUACUGAUAAAACAGCAAUCGAAGAGCAGAUAGGGGAAAAGCUGGGCUAUGGUCUUUCACGAGCACCCUUUGCAGUCAUUGUGGCCUUGAGUACAGCUCUUUCUGUGCUUGCUUCAGUGCCCCUGGGGGAACUGUUCUUCUUUCAUAUGCUAUUAAUCAGGAAGGGCAUCACAACUUAUGAAUAUGUUGUGGCAAUGAGGGCUCAGAGUGAACCUCCUGGUCUCUCUGUCAAUGAUGAGCAGCAAAGUUUGCCAUCUUCUCCCAUGAGUUCUGCACCAACUGCUUUCAGCGGGAGCUCGUUCGCAUGGCACUACAAAGGUGCAUGGUGCACUCCACCACGCAUCUUUGUUGACCAGGACGAAAUCAUUCCACACUUGGGACCUGGGCGAUUACCUUCAACUGUUGAUCCUGAUAGUGCAGACCCGGUCGAAAGAGCCAAACAACACGCCAAACGCCAAGUUCGCAUUAGCCCAUGGAAGCUCGCGAAACUGGAUUCAAACGAGGCCAUGAAAGCAGCAGCAAAAGCCAGAGCCUCUUCCUCCGUGCUGAAACCGAUCAAUGGUCGUUCCCAGUAUGAUGCCGACCAGUGCUCCAGUGAUAACCUCAGCUGCAGAAGCAGUGUCAUGAGUGCUGAUACUAACAACCACAUCGACACUCGGUCUGACAGGAAUGCUCCGUACAGGUCCCCUUAUCCACCAAGUAUAGCAAGCGCAGAUGACAUUGAGAUGUAUCCUCGGACACCCAGCAGCUUCCAGAGCAACUCGCGGACUCCGACGCCCAUUGCAGAGCACCAUCCCUCGAAGCAUUUCAACCCAAUCUAUCAGACAUCAGCAAACAGGUCCCCAUUCUCAGCCAAAGCAAAUGAAGCGGCUAAUCCAGAAGCCAACAACACAAGGAGGUUUACUGCGCCAAACACAGAUAGAUCUCCUCGGUCAUCCGUUUACUGGGAUCAAGAAGCUGGCCGUUUCAUGUCUGCACAGGCAAACCAGGGGCCGAGCUCUCGGGUAACCCGUCCCGACCUUCUGUACACCGGCCAGUCUAUAUUCUUUGGGGGACCUCUGAUGGCAGCAGAUUCUGCAACGAGAAGCUUCAGAGACCCUGGCGGCUCGAGCCAACGGUCCGGUGUGUCUCGGCCUCAGCAGCUCCCCGUGUUCAUUCCCACUGAUCCCCAGAAGGAUCAUCUCUCCAAGUUACCGUGAAAUGAACUGUUUCUGGAGUAUCCACGCGAAGCACCUGUUUCUCUGCUUCAUGGUGCAAUGUAUAGUUCUCAGUUCUUAUAUCGGACAUUGUAGGUUGCAUGAUUUUUAUUCAGUUAGGAUGGAAAUUGAAAUUAAUUUAGUAAUGAAUUUAAUACAGAAUCAUGAGGUCUCUUUUGUUUAUCAAGGAAAAAGGGGAUAAUCGGAUGA